AUGCCUCGAUCGGAUGAUCCCGAGUCCGGCGUGGCAUGGCUCCUGCGGGAUUACCUCGAGUCAAUGCCGUGCCGCAUCCUCGCCGAGUCCGCACCGUCCGACAGCUCGACACGGGCACCGUACUCGGUCAACUGCACGGCGCUCCUUGACGCCAUCGUCAUGCGCUCCGAAGCUUCUGAUCAGAGCUGCAUCGACCGCGAUACACGUGUCGAGCUCACCUCUGCUAUCAUCUGCGCUCACACGACCUGGCAGGACAUCAUCACUCAUGCCAUGCCGUACGUGGCCGGGUCGUCGUGGAUGUUACUCUGGUCGUACGACGCGCCGGCUGUUGUCUCGUCGGCCGCCUCCAUCCUCGCCAUGGCCACCGGAAUCGUGCCCGACACGCGCGAUCUCUCUUUCUUUGCCGCCAACCGCCAUACGUACGAUGACGUGCGAAAGCUAUAA